AUGUCUUCUCGACAAAGGGUAAUGAUUCAACCCAUCAAUGUCAUAUUUAAGUAUAUGCAACAACAAUCAAAAGUUUCCCUUUGGCUAUACGAUAUCACCGAUUAUCGUUUGGAAGGCAAGAUUUUGGGCUUUGACGAAUUCAUGAAUGUUGUCAUGGGAGAAGCAGAAGAAGUUUGGAUCAAGAAAACUGAUGGAAAACGGAGGGAAUUGGGCCGCAUCUUACUCAAAGGAGACAAUAUC